AUGGCGGAAGCUUGCUUUUCAGAGAGGAGAAGUUUUCCUCCAUUAUCCCUCCCUGCAACCCUUUUCGAUGGACUUCCCUACGAUUCCAGGAUGACGGCGCAUGAGGCGGCUGUUAAGCAAUCACGAGCUCGAAUUAAAGAUGAGAUGAAUAGGAGUAUAUUUACUGACAUAAAUGAAUUUGAGAAACAUUGUGGGAAGGUAUCAAAAGCGAAUAAGGUUAUAGUUCCUGCAGUGUCAGCACUCAAGUUUCCUUCCCUUGAAGUCUACUUCACGAAUGGUUCUAAGCUUAAACUUCCCGUGACCUCCAAAGAAGAUGAAGCAAAUUUGUCCUCAUCAAAUAUGGCUAAGCUGUCCCUAACCUCGAAAACUAAUGAUACGAAUGUGUUGACGUCAGAUAUUGCUGAAAUAGACAGUGCUAAGGCGUCUUUAAUAUGUCUAUCUUUUCGGGAAAACUCGCGGGCUAUGGUUGACUCGUGGACCUCACCCUUCUUGAAAGCAUUUGCACAUUCAAGUGAUGUUCGUCUGUACGAGGUGUCCUUAACGGAUCAAUGGUUAUUGUCACGUAAGCUCAUAAGGAAACUACUUCUUAAGUACAUGAGGAAACCUGCGCAUACAGAGAAUCAAGAUGCUCUGCAGAGGCAGAUCGUUUAUUCCUAUGGCGAUCAUUAUUACUUCAGGAAGGAGCUUAAAACAGUAAAUCUUCUUUCAGGAUAUGCAUUCUUACUCGACAAUUCUGGUAGAAUACGGUGGUCAGGUACUGCUCCAACAGAGGAGGAGGUGUCGUCGCUUUUACGUUGCACAUCCAUGCUGCUGGAGGAGAAGUAA